AUGCUAAGUGAAGGAAUCAUUGAACCUGCAGUAGGACCAUGGGCUGCCCCUGUUGUCAUUGUUCAAAAACCAUGUGGUGAACCACAGUUUUGUGUUGAUUACCGUGGAUUGAAUCAACUUACCGUUAAAGAUUCGUAUCCAUUACCGAGAGUUGAUGAGUCCCUGGAUUUCCUUUCCAGAGGAAAAUUCCUGACAACAAUUGACCUUUCUCGGGGAUAUUGGCAAGUCCCAAUGGCUGAAAGCUCUAAACCUAAAGCUGCUUUUGCAUCACAUUGUGGUCUUUUCCAAUUUCGUGUUCUUCCUUUCGGUUUGUGUAACGCCCCUGCGACGUUCCAAAGGCUAAUGAACAGUGUUUUGGCUGGCCUCAUCUACAAAUCAUGUGCAGUUUAUCUUGAUGAUAUAGUCGUGGCUUCACCAACCUUUGAACAGCACAUUGAAGAUUUGAAAGAUGUUUUUCUUCGCUUAAGAUCUGCAGGAUUGACUAUGAAGCUAGCCAAGUGCCAAUUUUGCCGUAAAGAAAUGAAAUUCUUGGGAUACAGAGUUUGUCCUGAUGGCAUUCUUCCAGAUCAAGAAAAAGUCAGUGCUGUCCUGAACUUUGAAACUCCUAAAAAUGUGAGACAAGUGAGACAAUUUUUAGGCCUUUCGGGGUACUACAUAAGAUUCAUACAGGAUUAUGCACGUCAUGCUGAGCCUUUGAAACUGUGCUGCAAUACUACCAUGAUCAUCCAACAUGUCAUCUGGGAAUGA